AUGGUCAAAACGGCGUCGUCCCCUUCUUCUUCUCCGGUCACCAUAACGGUGUCGUCCGGAGGACGACGCAGAAGCAUGGGACUAACCAGUCCUGUUUCACGCGCCUCAGUCUGUACCAACAACCCCACUUCCCCUCUCCGAGCUUCUGGCGGCGGUAGGAGACUCUCCGGCGCGGGCGCUUCCAAAGACGGUGGUAUUGAAGAAAUCAACUCCGAAUGCGUGACGUAUACCGUCCACAUUCCUCCGACGCCCGACCGCAAGCCCCUGACUACCUCGGAAGACGGAAAGGGCAGCACGAGUUUCAUCUCCGGCACGAUCUUCACCGGAGGCAACAACUCCGUGACUCGCGGCCACGUCAUCGAAUCCUCCAUGGAAACCGAAGCGCUGUCGAAAUCCUCGUCAGUUUGCGGAAUGAAGGGUUGCGGGGAGGAAGCGAUGAAAGGAAGGCCAUGUAGUACGUGCGAAUGCGGGUUCAAGAUCUGCAGGGGGUGUUACUUGGAGUUUGGCGAGAACAAAGGAGGAAGAAAGUGUCCUGGGUGCAAAGAGCCUUAUAAGUAUGUGAGUGAUGAUGAAGAUGAUGGUAGUGAUGAAGAGGGAGAGGGAUCUGAGGGUGAGGAUCAGCCUCUGCCUCUGCCUUCUAUGGCGGAGUUUAAGUUGGACAAGAGGCUUUCUCUAGUGAAGUCCUUCAAAGCGCAGAAUCAUCUUCCUGACUUUGACCACACGCGAUGGCUGUUUGAGACGAAGGGGACCUAUGGCUAUGGAAACGCUGUGUGGCCUAAAGAUGGUUACGGUGCUAACGGGUUUGAACCCCCUCCGGAGUUUGCAGAGAAAGUGAGGAGACCCUUGACCCGCAAGGUUGGAGUUUCAGCUGCUAUUCUCAGUCCUUAUAGGUUGCUUAUUAUGCUUCGUUUUGCUGCCUUGGGUUUAUUUCUUACAUGGAGGAUAAAACAUCCGAACCAUGAAGCCAUUUGGUUAUGGGCAAUGUCCAUAACCUGUGAAAUAUGGUUUGCAUUUUCGUGGAUUCUUGAUCAACUUCCUAAACUAUGUCCUGUGAAUAGAGUAACUGAUCUAUCUGUUCUGAAGGAGCGAUUUGAGUCUCCAAACCUGCGGAACCCGAAAGGAAGAUCUGAUCUACCAGGAAUUGACGUGUUUGUUUCCACCGCAGAUCCUGAAAAGGAGCCUCCUCUUGUCACUGCCAAUACCAUUCUCUCGAUCCUUGCAGUUGAUUAUCCAGUGGAGAAGGUUGCGUGUUACUUGUCUGAUGAUGGUGGAGCUCUGCUGACAUUUGAAGCUCUAGCUGAGACUGCUAGGUUUGCUAGAAUUUGGGUUCCUUUCUGUCGGAAGCACCAAAUACAGCCGCGAAAUCCUGAAGCUUAUUUUGGGCAGAAGCGUGAUUUUCUAAAGAAUAAGGUCCGGUUGGACUUUGUAAGAGAGAGAAGAAGAGUGAAGCGGGAAUAUGAUGAGUUCAAAGUGAGGAUAAACUCCUUGCCGGAAUCCAUUAGGAGAAGAUCCGAUGCUUACAAUGCUCAUGAGGAGCUCCGAGCCAGUAAGAAACGGAUGGAAACAGGUGCCAAUGUCUCCGAACCCAUUAAGGUUCCUAAAGCUACGUGGAUGUCCGAUGGUUCUCAUUGGCCAGGAACUUGGGUAUCAGCAGAACAAGACCACUCAAGGGGGGACCAUGCUGGUAUAAUUCAGGCAAUGUUAGCUCCACCAAAUGCAGAACCGGAAUUUGGUGCAGAAGUUAAUGGGGAUAACUUGAUUGAUACAACCGAUGUUGAUAUUAGGUUGCCCAUGCUUGUUUAUGUGUCUCGUGAAAAGCGGCCGGAAUAUGACCACAACAAGAAAGCAGGGGCAAUGAAUGCUCUUGUUCGCACCAGUGCCAUCAUGUCCAAUGGACCAUUCAUUCUGAAUCUUGAUUGUGAUCAUUACAUCUACAACUCCUUGGCUCUAAGAGAAGGAAUGUGCUUUAUGCUUGACAGGGGUGGUGAUAGGAUAUGCUACGUUCAGUUCCCUCAACGGUUUGAGGGCAUUGACCCCAGUGACAGAUAUGCAAAUCACAACACUGUGUUCUUUGAUGUGAGCAUGAGAGCUCUUGAUGGCUUACAAGGCCCCAUGUACGUAGGAACAGGCUGCAUAUUCAGAAGAACAGCUCUGUAUGGAUUUAGCCCUCCUAGAGCCACGGAACAUCAUGGCUGGCUUGGCAGGAGAAAAAUUAAGCUGUUUCUGAGAAAGCCAAAGAUUUCAAAAAAGGAAGAUGAUGAAGUUGCUGUGAUGAUAAAUGGUGACCACAACGAUGAUGAUGCAGACAUAGAGUCCUUGCUUCUUCCCAAAAGGUUUGGAAACUCAUCUUCUCUUGCUGCAUCCAUUCCUGUGGCGGAAUACCAAGGAAGGUUGCUUCAAGAUUUGCAAGGAAAGGGAACACAUGGAAGGCCAAUGGGUUCUCUUGCUGUGCCUCGUGAGCCAUUGGAUGCAGCCACUGUUGCUGAAGCAAUUAGUGUGAUAUCUUGUUCCUAUGAGGAGAAAACUGAAUGGGGCAAAAGAGUGGGGUGGAUAUAUGGUUCAGUUACAGAAGAUGUGGUGACUGGUUACAGAAUGCACAAUAGAGGUUGGAGAUCAGUGUACUGUGUGACCAAAAGGGAUGCUUUUAGAGGAACAGCUCCAAUCAACUUGACAGACAGGCUACACCAAGUGCUUCGAUGGGCAACAGGUUCUGUUGAGAUCUUCUUCUCAAGGAACAAUGCGUUGUUAGCAAGUCCUAGAAUGAAGUUCCUGCAGAGGGUGGCAUAUUUCAAUGUAGGAAUGUACCCUUUCACUUCAAUGUUUUUGAUCGUCUAUUGCUUUCUACCUGCAGUGUCCCUAUUUUCGGGUCAGUUUAUAGUCCAAUCCCUCAGCGUAACUUUUCUAGUGUUCUUGUUGGGGAUCACGAUCACACUGUGCUUGCUUGCACUGCUCGAGAUCAAGUGGUCAGGAAUCACUCUACAUGAUUGGUGGAGAAAUGAACAAUUCUGGUUAAUUGGUGGAACAAGUGCACACCCUGCUGCUGUUUUACAAGGGUUGUUGAAGGUCAUAGCAGGAGUGGACAUAUCAUUCACCUUGACCUCAAAGUCAGCUACUCCAGAAGGUGGAGAUGAUGAGUUUGCUGAUCUUUAUGAGGUGAAAUGGAGCUUUCUAAUGGUCCCUCCAAUUACUAUUAUGAUGGUGAACGCCAUUGCUAUUGCUGUAGGGGUAGCUAGGACUAUGUACAGUCCCUUUCCACAGUGGAGCAGACUAGUAGGAGGUGUGUUUUUCAGCUUCUGGGUCUUGUGCCAUCUUUAUCCAUUUGCAAAGGGCCUCAUGGGAAGGAGAGGGAAGGUUCCUACCAUCAUCUAUGUUUGGUCUGGAUUACUCUCCAUUAUUAUCUCUUUGCUUUGGGUAUACAUAAACCCUCCUUCAGGCAGAGUACAAGAUUACAUGAAUUUCCAAUUCCCUUGA